AAAAGAUGAGAGGAAUUCUGUUAAUACUUCUAAUCUGCCAAGUUCUUGAGGCAGUCCAUGGUGGAAAGGUGAUGAUUCAACCUUUUCCAAUGUAUAAAACAUCAAGGAUCACAGCCAUGGAGCAGAUAGCAUUGAUCCUCUCAAAGGCUGGCCACAAUGUUACUUACUUCGUUCACACAGAGUACACUUCUUCUGAAAUACUCCAGGCAGCAAAUGCUACCAUAACCAAGUAUGACUACCCAGUAAAGGAUCUAACAUACAAUCUUGGAGAAGGUUCAAUCCAAGAUCUAAUAUCAAAGACAAUACUUGAUGAAAUGGACAUGAUAUUCAACAGAGGACAUUAUUACGACAUAUACAUUAACUAUUCACUACCUGCCUAUUUCUCAGAUAUGAACCAAUGGAAAAGACUCAAAGCCGAAAACUUUGACUUGAUAAUAUUUGACAGUAUGGAUUUUGCCUUGGGGAGGCUCAUGAAGGAAUAUCUCGAUAGGCCAACGAUACUUUGGUCAAAUGCUGGAUAUGAACUCCAUUAUGACAACUGGCUGAUGCCAUUCCCUGUAUCACACAUACCAAACGUAUUUAUGCCAUACAGCGAUCAAAUGACUUUCAAAGAACGAGCAAUGAACACAUUUUAUUAUGUGUUAUUACAAUAUCACUACAUUCCAUACUGGCGAGAUAUGACAGAUGAAAGUCUGGCAAAAGUGGCUGAUAAGCUUGGACUUUCACGUGAUAUCAAUCCUGUUCUCAAUGAUGCAGACUUGAUUUUUAUCCAAUCAAACUCAGCGUACUUUUACCCUCGCCCUACUAUGCCUAAUGUUAUUCCUGUUCUUGGUUUAAAAGACAGAGAGCAUAAACCGAUUGAACAAAAGUAUUUAGACUUUAUAGAUGGCGCUAAUGAUGCUGGUUUUAUUCUUUUCACAUUUGGUUCGAUGCCAAAGGGAAUGGAUGAGAAACGCAGAGAAAUUUUUGCUACUGUGUUUGCCAGGCUGAAACAACGGAUUCUAUGGAGAUAUGGUGGCCCUCAGCCAAUAUCACUAGGCAACAAUACAAUGUUGUCACCAUGGUUACCACAAAACGAUCUCCUAGGGCAUCCAAAACUGAAAUUAUUCAUCACUCACUGUGGAGCAUCUGGUGCAGCUGAGGCUGUUUAUAAUGGAGCACCUGUUAUUGCAUUUCCAUUAUUUUAUGAUCAGAGACAUCACUGUGCAAUUCUGACGCAACAUCAUAAAAUGGGUGUGACUUCAUCAUUUGCUGGUAUCACAGAGGAGACAUUAUCAGCAGCAUUAGAUGAGGUCCUAGGGAAUCCUCAAUACAAGAAAAAUGCUUUAAAAGCACAAGAACUGGCCCGAGACCAACCUAUCAACGCUAGCUAUACCAUAC